AUGGGCAUUCGGAGGCAUGUUUAGGGCGCUUAUCUCAAUUGAUGUUUUGUUGUGGGAUGAGAUGCAAAUAACAACAUGAAGAGGGAAUUUUCUCAUUAAUUAUAGUAAUAGUUUUGAUAAAUAGCGUCAAUAAAGCCAUGAUAUGUUCGUAACGAUAGUAAUUCGGGUUGGACACGCUGCUAGCCGCCAUGGACCUUUUUGACAGCUCGGUUUCUCUCGGAGGUGCGUCGGUGGCGGCCGCAGGAGAAGAUGUGGAGAGCCCCGACGCUUCGCUACCUUGGGCGCGUUUCUCCGCUUGGCUGGAGUGUGUGUGCGUCGUCACCUUCGACCUGGAACUCGGGCAAGCCAUCGAGCUCCUGUAUCCUCACGACGUGAAACUUACCGAGAAAGAGAAAACCAGCAUAUGUUAUCUGUCCUUCCCCGACUCCUAUUCAGGUUGCCUCGGCGAUACCCAGUUCAGCUUCCGUCUCAGGCAUUCGGUGGGGCGUGGUAAUAGAGGGGCGUGGUUUGAGGAGAGUGACACCUACAACAGAAAUGUACCUGUGACGCUUCAGAGGGAGCAGUCUCAUCUCUAUGGUUACGUGUACUUCAGGCAAGUAAAAGAUGGCUCUGUCAAACGUGGAUAUUUUCAGAAGUCCCUGGUGCUGGUGUCCAGGUUGCCGUUUGCUCAGCUCUUCCGGUCCCUGCUACAGAUCAUCGCUCCAGAGUACUUUGAAAAGCAGGAGCCAUGCCUAGAGGCUGUGUGUAAUGAGAUUGAUCAGUGGCCUGGUCCAACUCCUGGACAAAUCCUCAAUCUACCAGUCAUGGGAAUAGUCAUUCAGGUCAGGAUUCCUUCCAAAGAUGACAAGCCCAGGGAUAGUCCAGUUUCACCUAAAGAGAAUCUUCUACCUGGCCCUAUGGUCCUACCCUCCCCCCAAGAACAAAACCUUUUCCAGUGUUUCCAGUCUAUGCUGAUCCACGUGCAGAUGCUCUGGGAGCUCAUGUUGCUAGGCGAGCCUGUUGUCGUCAUGGCGCCCUCGCCAACCGUUUGCUCUGAAACUGUGCUCGCCCUGGUCAGCGCUGUCUCUCCGCUGAAGUAUUGCUGUGACUUCAGACCGUACUUCACCAUCCAUGACAGUGAGUUCAAGGAGUACACCACCCGGACACAGGCCCCACCAAAUGUGAUUCUGGGAGUGACUAAUCCAUUCUUCAUUAAGACCUUCCAGUUUUGGCCACACCUCAUCCGGCUGGGUGAAGUCAAGAUGACCGGUGAUGUACCCAAACAGGUGAAGGUUAAAAAACUGGCCAAACUGAAGAGCCUCGACACCAAACCAGGUAUCUAUACAGCCUAUAAGACAUUUCUGCACAAGGACAAGAUGCUCAUCAAACGCCUUCUCAAGGGCAUCCAGAGGAGGAGGCCGAGCGAGGUGCACAGCACCACCUUGAGGCGGCACCUGCUGGAGCUGACUCAGAGUUUCAUCAUCCCUCUGGAACGUUACCUGGCCAGCCUCAUGCCUCUUCAACGCUCCAUAUCACCGUGGAAGACCCCUCCUCAAAUCCGCCCCUUCAGUCAGGACGAGUUCAUCGGCACACUGGACCAUGCAGGACCUCAGCUCACCUCUGUACUGAAAGGUGAUUGGCUGGGCCUCUAUAGGCGUUUCUUUCGCUCUCAGAACUUUGACGGCUGGUACCGGCUGAGACUUCGCGAAAUGACGCAGAAGGUGGAGUCACUACACCUUGAGAUAAUCUGUGAUGCAGUAUCUGAGGAUCUGCUGGCCUGGACAAGAGACAGGUCAGAAGUGGAGAUUGUAGACCUCAUCCUUAAACUACGCGAGAAGCUGGUGAGGGCGCGCAGGCAUCAGCUGUGUGUGCAGGAGGAGCUGCUGGAAAGACUGGAGCGCUCCAUCCACACCGUCAUCAGCUCCCUGCCUGAGGACCUGCAGACCCUGCUGCACCGACCCUGACACACACACACACACACACACACACACACACCUGAGGACCUGCAGACUCUGCUGCAUAGACACUGACACACACACACACACACACACACACACACACACAGAGAGAUACACUUACACAUGUGUACACAUAGCACAAACACAUAUGCACAUAAACACACGCACACAAUGUUACAGACACACACACAUCAAUACAUACAUACACAACGCAUACACACACACACACUACAUUAUUUAUUAUAUACUUUUAUGAAUGGCAUGUUAUUGCCAUCCCCAGCACCUGAAUCCCUCAGCGGGACAGAGCCAAACACACACUAGCCAGCAGAGCCCAUGGGGACACACUGGAUGAGGCCAGAGAGGAAGAACAGCAUGCAGGCCAGUUCCACCUUAAGAGAGUAAGAAAAGCAUCCAGACCAGUUCCACCUUAAGAGACGCUCUUCACAAAUGCAGCUGUUGCACCUAAAUGUGUUAAUACUGAUAUAUGAUGUGUGUGUGUGUGUGUGUGUGUGUGUGUGUGUGUCUCUUAACACAAGUCUGCCUUUAGCGCCCUUCUCUCUGUACGUACAGGAGUGCAUUGUGGCCCCUCACACACACACCAUGCAUAAGCUACAAUAAGAAGCAAGAAGGUUGUGGAACAUUGUGGAUCCAGAUCCUUCAGGCGUAGAAAUGUUACAAUUACGAGCUGCUAAUAUUGGUCACCUGCCCUCCACCCUCAACCACCGACACACACACACACACACACACACACACACACACACACACACACACACUCACACACUGACACGUAAUAGGAGCAAAUUUGAAUGUGUAGUCUGGAUGUAAUUCAGUUUCAUACCUGAAAACAUCUUAAUUUCUUUAUGGAAAAAUCCAUGUUCACGUCUGUGUAUACAGUGCUUACAGUAAGCUACCCUUCAGGAAAGGGUGUAUGUGUUUGCUGCAGAUUAGUGUGUGUGUGUGUGUGCGUGCGCGUUACGCUUUAUGUGAAUCGGUUAAAUGCAUCUGUUGUGCAAGUUAUAAUUAUAUAUGCCCGGGUGUUACAAUAUCAGAAUGGAUUUUCUUCAAAACACACACACAUGCUAAACACUUGAAUUUCUGGUGGUUUUUUUUUAACUCCAUUUAAAAUGUGUUCAUCAAUGUUUUAAUUUAUUUAUUCUGAUUCUGCAACAGAAGCUGAUGUGAUGGCUGCAAUGUAAAACUAUUAAAUGAUAUGGGGGAAAAGUGCAAUAGACAGUGUGUGGAUGAGUGUGAGCAACGGUGACACUGAAUUAUAACGGAACAACAAACAGUAAAGAUGAUGUGAUGGAAUUGGAAAUGAAAGUAAUAUGAAGUGUUGGCUCAAAUUUGACUGUACUUGAGUGUCAGUUGUUGCAAAAUAAAGCAACAAAAAGUG